AUGUUUUCAAUUUAUAUCCAAUGAUUCGAUUUAUAUGGAAGUACAGUUGGGGCUGUUGUAAAAAAAAUUACAGCAGCCCCCUAUCAUCCCCGGAAGACUGAAUAGUUUUGCGUGUCUUGAUAUAUAUGCCUAAGUAAAACUUCUCUUGCUGAACAAUCUCCGACGAUCAAGUCAGUCAACAGUGGAAGAUAUUUAAGUGAGAGAAGUGAAUAGCAUUUAGAGAGAGAGGGAGAGAGAGAUAGCAAGUAGUUGAGAGCGUAAAUGAGAAGGGGUUUUCCCUUAUUUAUAGUUUUCCAUAUCACAUGGUCAACACGUGUUGAUCGUAUAGACAAACUUCUUUACUGGGUUGUGGUUGGGCCUGCAACCCAAUCUGAGACUUACUUUGCAUUAUAAGUCUUGGGUCUUAUAUGUCUAGUCUUGCACCCAUCUUAACCGUGAGCCUUGAGCUUCGUUUGGUCUUGGGCCAGAUACGCCUUUGGACAAUAUCAAGGAUGAGUUCAGUAUGAAACCACCCAAUGAAGCACCAAAUGGGAUUACCAUUCCAGAUCAAAACAAUGACACGAGCACAUCAAAUCAGGGCGAAGUUUCCCGGUCGAGUUCUCUGUUAGUGGAUGCAUCAUCUAACGUUCAUGGGUUCGAAGAUGAACUGAUUUCAAUUGAAAUGAUGCUUCGAGAGAGAGGAAACGAUGAUGAAUUUAAGGCAGUUGGAGUUGUGGGGAUGACUGGUGUUGGAAAAUCUACACUGUGCAGGGAACUUGUAAACAGAGAAGAUAUGAGGAGUCAGUUCCUUCCAAGGAUAUGGGUAUCCCUGUCGAAGAAGGAAAAUGAAGCAGGAGAUAGAAACAAAGCGCUUGUGAAAAGAAUGUUGGACUCUCUCGGAGUUGAAGAGGGCAUAAUCGAGUCCAUCUUCAAUGAGCAUGCCUUGGAAGGGCUAAUCUGUGCUCUUUACCAGCAACUCAGGGGGAAAAGGUUACUGAUUGUGUUUGAUGAUGGCAUGGAUACAGAUGCAUGGUAUAACUAGUUGAAUUCUUCACUAACCAGUGAUGGGAAAUGGGAUGCGUGUCUUGGAUACGAUUUGCCAAAAGAACGUGGAGGAGCAGUGAAGAAUUUGCAUCGGCUUCAGCCCCGUUCAGACCCUGAGAGCUGCUGGUCUAUAUUCAUAGAUGCGGUUGGGAGAGAUGGAGUAGUAUUC